AUGGCGUCGCAAAUGGCGAUCAUUGCUCGGACGCGCUCUCUGAUCAAAACACUUCACUCUAACUGCGCUAAUACAUCUGUGAAGACGAUUACCACUUUCCCUUUCGUCUCUCAGGAGCCUCAACUCGCCGAAUCUCCGGCACCGGCCGCCCCAACUCCGCUUCCUCCCAACCCUGCCUCCGGUAGUCCUCUCUACAAUGAGAAUUGGCGCAACCCAAAUCCACCAUCUUCAACACAGUCAGUGAUCCCACUUGGGUUUCUUAAUCUAGAAUGGGCUGCUAUCAAAGAGUUGUUCGAGUCUUGGGUCAAGUCAUUGGGCAAGAGUGGGAAGCCGAAUAAGCCCGAUCUGGAAUGGAGGAUUUUGGUAUCACACCUAAUACCUACCGCUUCGUUCAAUUUGGUGCUUAAAGCAAUGUACCACGCCAGGGAGACUGAAGCUGCUCAGAAGUUACUGGAACGGAUGCUGCUGACUGGAAAUGAAUCUCGCCCUGAUAAUGAAUCAUAUGACUUGGUCAUUGGAAUGCUGUUUCUGACUGGCCAAAUUGAUGCUGCAUUGAAAUAUAUAGAUUUGGCUUUGAAAUCAAGUUAUAUGCUGUCAAUGAAUGUGUUUACAAGUUGUGUAAAUAGUUGUAUCAGUAAGGGUAGGCUAGAUACUUUGGCAGCAAUAAUUGAAAAGUGCAAGACAAUGGAUCAGAACAAAGCUCUUUGCCCUCCGUGGAACGUGUGCUACUUAAUAGCUGAAACUGCAAUGCAGCAGGAUAAUAGCAAGCUAGCUUAUUAUGCCCUGGAGUUUAUGGCUAUGUGGAUUGCAAGGGGUGAGCUCGCAAGACUGGCUGCAUUGCUUUCUGUAGAUGAAGGUUUAAUUGUGUCAGCCCUAGCCACCGCAGGUAGGACCUAUAGUUCUAGUCUGCUAGAUGCAGCAUGGACAAUUUUACGUCGCACAUUGCGUCAAAGAAAGGCUCCUAACCCUGAAUCUUAUCUCGGAAAGAUAAAUGCCCUUGCAUCAAUGGGGAACUUACAAAGGGCUUUUAGUACGCUACAUGACUUUGAGUUGCUUAUGGAGAUUCCAGUCAAGAAGUUGAAGAAAUGUUCUCUCCCUUUACUUCUUUACAUCCAUUGGUUGUGGCAUGCUCCAAGAAGGGAUUUGAGAGUUUGGAUUCUGUUUAUUUUCAACUGGAAAGUUUGAGCCGAUCAGAGACUCCUUAUACAUCUGUUGCUGCUCUAAACUGCAUCAUUUUAGGGUGUGCAAACAUAUGGGACCUUGAUCGUGCAUACCAAACUUUUGAAGCAAUUGGAUCCAGUUUUGGAUUGACACCGGAUAUUCAUUCAUAUAAUGCGCUAAUGCUUGCAUUUGGGAAGCUCAAAAAG